AUGAUCCAUCUCGAUCGCGAUCCCAUCCAAGAUUCAAUCACGAUCGAAAGGCACAAUCCCGAUCUAGCGGCGCAAUGCAAGCAGCAAUCCCUCUCAGUAAUUCCUUCUUUGCCCUUCCCUGCACCCUUCGUCCUUUUUGCAUCCGACCUUCCUUUUCCCGCAGUCGCACGCGCGCGCGGCGCUCAACCUCCCGUCCGUUUAUCGCGAGCUCGGCACCAGGCACACCCGCACCCCGGCCCCCGCUCUAACCGGAGCCGUGGCGACGAAGCAAACGCCCCAAAUAUACCUGAAACAACCCAACCUCGUAAACCUGUGCUGUUCCUACUCCCAACCCCCCUUCUCCCCACAAGGCCCCCCCUCCCCAAAGCCACUAUCAUCUCAUGUAAGAUAAGCCCGUCCCCGAAGGACGCACAAUUGCGCAACCAAACACGUAGCCCCAAAGGUGUAAAGUAA